UUCUAAGAAACGUUUACUCGAAAUACAUGUAGGGUUGGAAAAUAAUGAAGGGGUUAUUGCAUCUUAUUAUUGAAUUUUAUUCUUUAAAUACUGUAAAAUUAUAUCGUGUACAAAAAGAUUAUAAGAAGAUAAUUUAAUUUUAAAUCGUUUGAUAAGUAUAUUAAUUGCGAUAGUUAGAAAACAUUUGGCAGAGAUUUAAAAUUUUUAUGAAGCUGUGACAAGAUGGAAUUGUUUAUUUGACAAAAGUAUAAGCAAAAAAAACGAUUUAAAAAAAUGCCACAUCCAUGUGUUGUAUGUGGACGUUCGCGUCUGAAUCCAAACAAUAAAGAAGAAGAAUAUAUGUUUUUUGGAUUUCCUGUUAAUGAUAUACCUCGAUGUAGAAAGUGGUUGGAUUUUUGUUGUCGUGAAGAUUUGUAUAAACUUACAAAAAAACAGUUACUUCAACGAAUGGUGUGUUCUAAACAUUUCGAACAAAAGGAUUUUUUAAAUGAAUACCUCGAUAGAUUAAACUGUAAUGCAGUACCUUCAAUUUAUGAUCCUACACAAAGUUUAUAUAACAUAACCUGCGUAUUAUGUGGUCGAUCUCGUCGAGAUCCAUCAGAUAGAGAUUAUGAUGGUGUAACUUUUCAUCAUUUUCCUGGUGAAGAAUUUCGAUGUCUCAAAUGGCUCGAUUUUGUUGGUGUAGAUUCAUAUUACAGAUUGACAAGAAAAGAAAUCUUGUUUUGUUACAUUUGUUCAAAACAUUUUGAUCGUUCUCAAUUUAUGUCUGGUUAUAAAAGUAGAUUAAUAGACAAUGCUAUUCCCAAUAUCAGAAAUCCUGAUCAAUUGGAUGGAUCUGAACAAUAUAUUAUAGAAUUUGUACCAGAAUCAAAUUAUAGUUCCUCAGAAAAACCCAAAAAAUUAGAUCCUUUACCACCUGCUGUUUUAGAAAGUCAAGCAUGUGCAGCUUGUGGUAGAUUAAGAUCUGAUCCAAGAAAUAAAAUAGAAAGAUAUAAAUUUCAUCCUUUUCCUGCUUAUGAAAUUGGCAGAUGUUUAAGAUGGUGUCAAUUUUUAGGUAGAGAAGAUAUAUUGAAAAUGUCUCCAAAUCAAAUAAGAAAAUUAGUACUUUGUUCAAAGCAUUUUCAAACAGGACAAAGUUUUCAUAGGGUAGGACCAUGUGAUGCUGUUCCAACUAUAAAGGAUGUAUCACAAUUGGAUUGUAUUAAUUCAACAGAAAAAAUUGAAGAUGACCAAGAUAUAUUAGAAGAAUCUAAUUGUACUAAUACAACUAAAGGAAUUAAAAGGCAAAAUUUUUCAAGACCUUUAGUAUCUAGUAAAAAACCAAAGGUAGAUAAUAAGCCUACUCCUCUUGCAAAGAAACGUGGGAAAUCUAAAAGGCCAACUCUUAUUAACAUUCCAAGGCCUGAUCCUAAUAAUAUUGAAAAUCGAGUAAUAAGAAAAUUACCACUUCCUCCUACUCCCAGUUGGAAGAUUCAAUUUACAGAUCAACUUCAACCUAUAACAAUAGCAAAUCAUAUUACAUCAAAUAUACCAAAUAAUAUUCAAGGUAAUAUAAAAAAAGUGAUUUUACCAUUUACUGGUGAUAUAUCAAAUUUAGGGGCUCCUAUUCCAGUACAUAGUUUAUCCAGUAUCCCUCCAGGUUUAUUAAUUAAAAUAGAUCUUCCUGAGCAAGAACAACAAAAAUCAAUGAAAACAAUAAAAAAGCAAACUAGGACAAAAAUGAUACAUGCUCCAACUACCUCUAAUGAAAUUGAUUUUAGACAGCAAAUUUGGAUGAAAAAUGGUCAAACUUCAGUCACAAUACCAAUUAUAAAACAAAGUAAAGAGGAAACAGAUAAAAAUUUAGCAGAAUUUUUGUCAACUUCUUUAGAAGAAACGGAUGGUAAAGUAAUUAGUGAAGAAUUAGAAGUACAUGAAGAAGUUAUAUUGCCACAUUCAUUGGAAGUAUUAGAUGAAGAAGCAGCUAAUGUGAAAGAAGAUACAUUUUAUGAAGAUUUUGAAGAAGUAGAAUGUUUAGCACCAAAACAAAAGAGAUCUAUGAGACGUAAAAAAAUUUCAGGAACAAUGAGAAGAACAAUUUUUCCUAUUAGAAAUGAAGUUAAAUGUUUUUUGCGCAAAUUGGCACCUUAUAUGCAUAGACUUCCUAGGAAAGCUAGAGCACAGAUGAAACUUUCAAUUGUUAAUAUGGUAAUUGAGCAAUUGUAAAUUUGCUAAGAUAUAAAUAAAUGAUAGUAUUUUUAAGAAUA